CUUGCAAAAGCUAGACACGUGACUUCCUAGCUCCCCUUUUGUCUCCAAUUGCGGACUCUAAAGAAAGACAGGAAAGCCCCAUGUUUCUCCGUUUCUUUAAAAAAAAUUAAGUCAGACUUUCAGUGUUUGUAAGAUGAAUAAAAAAGGGGUUGGCGUCUUGGAAGUGACCAUAUCAACAUAACCCCGGAGGAGGCGACUUGAUACAAAGGGAAACUGAGUCUAGGAGCGCUGGGCACCUACAGUCCGCGCCUCCCUUUGUCCCCACCCCCAACAGGUGACGUUCCCCGGGGCCACACCGCGCUUCAAGAAGCCACCAGACAUUCCCCGUUUUCUUUGUAGACUGUGAGCCUCGAGUUAGGCGAGAAUUAAUGAUUAACAGCCGAUGUUUGUCAGUGUGGUUAAGGGCAGCUGUGGUUACCAGGCAUCCCAGUGUGAGGGGCCAGUUGCUAAGCCACACAAAUUCAAGUUCUCUCCCAGUCUCUCUGGGGGGAAGUUUUGAAAAAUACACGGUGAAAUAAGACAAAAAGAUGUAUUGCCUUGAAAGAGCGAGCAACUGGACCACUUUUGAUACGCCGAGAUUUUGAGAGCUCUCGCAGCCACUGCUGUACGAAAAGACACCGUUACACAACAUCGGGAAUCGGGAAAAGUAAAUAUUAAAGUUGAGUGAACGUGUCCUGCCCAAGCUCAUUUAGAGGAGGAUGAAGACCAUUUUGGAAGAAGAGAAACCCUGUUGUUGAGAAGGUGGCAAACAGGCAAACAAAAUAUUUUCAGGAUGAUUUUAUUAUAUCGAGUGGUACAUUUCAUUUUAUUUGCCUCCGUUUCCAGUGGUAAGUAGAGCUUAAGCUCAGAUAAGAAUUGGAAACAGCUUAAUUUCCUGCUUUGAAGACUGGAAAACAGAAGGGCUGAUCUACAGGCCCACACCAUCUACUCCACGGAAGGACAUUAAAUCAUUUUAUUUUUCACUUAAGGGCUCCAGGGGUUUUCAAAACAGGGAGGGCAAGUAAAGGACAGGAAUUGGUCAUCAUAGUAGUAAUCUGGGUCCAUAUGUAGAAGUCACAUCCAAAUCUGUACCUCUGUUUAUGUCCAAAUCUGCAUCAGUCGUGACAAGUUUGGUGGUAAUUAUUACUUUCUUUGCAUCGCAUGGGGGGAUUUCCGUGGACCAUGAGAACACUUCUAGGUGCAAACAGACCCUUAACUAAUGAGGGGCCGCCUUGCAACUCCAAGGAAGCCGCCCGGAGCUUGGGGAGAGAGGGCAGGUUUCUGCUCACCUCCGGGUCACUCUUGGGUAGCUGCAAAUCUUGGAGAAAAUUAUCCUAUAUGCAGAGGUUAUUAGUUGGGUAAGUUAGAAGGCGUAUGUGGUGGGUUUUGAGCACAGGCUGUGGCAGGGAUCCUUGACUCUCUUUUUCCCCAGAGAUCUCUUUGGACUGCGUUCUCAGAGUCAUGUUUUCGAAGGCGUAAAGUAAAAAUACAAAGGAUUGCCAAGAAAAUCAAUUGUAUUGCAAUAUCGUUAGUGAAAAUGUAAAAACGAAACGAAACAAAACAAAACCUGAUACAAAAAUAGAUGUCCUUCUUAUUGACACAUGAUGUAACAAGGUUUAGCGGUGGGUCUAAAACUGCAAAGUAAUAACCACCACCAAGCUGGUGAUGUUAUUUGAGGAUAUCGGCAGCUGUCAUGUUUUCUUUUAAAAUCUGUAAUCUUAGUAUGACAAAGCAGAUACUAUGAACACUGUGGUUCGUUACAUUAAUGAUGGAAGGCUGUAUCACGUUUUGGGUAGAGGUUAGUGAAAAUAAAGUUGGAAUUUCCCCCCUCCAACACCCUGGCUAAAUCUAGUGAUAGUUUUAGUGAUAGUUUUCACUGCUCUGUACCUACGUACUUUCCCACAUACUCAUUGGUAUGUUUGUUACUACGAUAAAUAUUUGAGUUAUAUUUUAUCCUUCCCAAAGUAUUUCAUUUUUACUGUAAGUGUAUGUAUACGUUUAUAUAUAUAUAGCAUGCAUAUGUUACGUAUAUGAAAGACAUUAAGAAGCCUUCUUAAUGGCAGUGUACUAAGAUUAAAAACGACAACCUUUUAUUCAGUGACUGAGUAAUAAUGACCCAAAGAGCCAUAAUCUGAAAUAUUAAAUAUCUCUUUCUAGAAACGGAAAAAAAUAAUCGCUUCUUGGCCUUUUGGCUAAGAUCAAGUGUAGAAACAGAAAAAAAAAAAAUGGGUUUUAUCCAACUUAGCUUUUAAAAAAAUACCUGUGUGUGGUUUCAGCUGGAAUGGGAAUUCAGAUAUUUUUCUGAGAAUCUACAGUUCCUGUUCCUAAACUGGCCCGUUUUAAAUAGUGAGGUGAUACAGUGUGUCACAGCCAGGGCCAUCAAACACUAUUGAAAAACCAUCACUCUGGAUCCUCUGUUUCAUAUAAACAAGGAGUUUUGACAAACAAGCAAUAGGGAAAGGGAAAAGCAGGCGGCCCGUUCCAGACUUGGAUGUGACCCUAUGGAACAUCUUUGGCCAGGAAAGCUCUGAGAAACUAUUCAGUUACCCGCAAAGCACCCUCAUCUCCAAGAUAAUCCCUCAGAAGCACAGUUCCAUCGAGGCAAAUGUGCCAUUUUGCAAUUUCUUUUUCUGUCUGAGGCUGCUCAUCCAAUCAACCAACAUCAAAGGGUUGAUUGCUCUGAUUUCCAAGUUUGGGCGCAUUUCCUGGGAGGCAGACCUACUUCGCUUGCCUUUGUGAGAUUAUUAUCUAAUUCGAUACGUGCAACUAAAGCCCCCAAUAAUUCAUGCCACGUAUUACAUCACAGAAUGUGUGACUAAGCUGUUCACAGAUACCGGCUUUCAAGGAGGAGACGUGACUACCAUUUUCACGCCAAGUGCCAAGCACUGUCAGCUUAUCUGCACCCACCAUCCGAGAUGUCUGCUUUUCACCUUCAUGGCUGAAUCGUCGUCGGAAGAUCCUACCAGAUGGACUUUCCAUCCACCACUUUUGUUUCCAUGUUGAACUUGAACAUUCAAUGAUGAAGCUUUACUACAGAGGUUUACUUGUAUCCUGAAAGACAGUGUAACAGAAACACUGCCAAGGGUGAAUAUGACAGGAGCAAUUUCUGGAUAUUCUUUCAAGCAAUGCCCACAUCAAAUAAGUGCUUGCCACAGGAAUUUGUACGUGGACCUGGACAUGAAGGGCAUGAACUAUAAUAGCUUGAUGACCAGGGAUGCCCAGGAAUGCCAAGAGAGAUGCACAAAUGAUGUGCACUGUCACUUUUUCACAUAUGCAACGAAGCAGUUUCCAAGCACGGAACAUCGAAACAUUUGUCUGCUGAAGUACACCCACAUGGGGACACCAACCAGAAUAAUGAAGCUCACUAAAGUGGUGUCUGGAUUUUCACUAAAAUCCUGUGCGCUUUCUAAGCUGGCUUGUAUCAGGGACGUUUUCCCUAGUACGGCAUUUGCGGACAGUAACAUCGACAGUGUCAUGGCUCCGGAUGUCUUUGUCUGUCGCCGCAUUUGUACUCACCACCCCGGUUGUUUGUUUUUUACCUUCCUUUCUCAAGAAUGGCCAAAAGAAUCUGAAAGAAAUCUUUGUCUCCUGAAAACAUCUGAAAGUGGAUUACCAAGUACACGCAUUAAGAAGGACAGAGCUCUUUCUGGUUUCAGUCUGCAAACCUGCAGGCACAGUGUCCCAGUGUUCUGUCAUUCCUCAUUUUACCACGACACUGAUUUCUUGGGAGAAGAACUGGACAUUGUUGACGUGAAAGGGCACGAAGCCUGCCAGAAAAUGUGUACCGACUCCAUCCGCUGCCAGUUUUUUACCUAUUCGCCAUCUCCAGAAUCUUGCAACGGAGGGAAGGGUAAAUGUUACUUAAAACUCUCUUCAAAUGGAUCUCCAACGAAAAUACUUCAUGGGAGAGGAGGCAUCUCUGGAUAUACAUUAAGGUUAUGUAAAAUGGAUAAUGUGUGUACGACCAAAAUCAAGCCCAGAAUUGUUGGAGGAGAGGCAUCUGUUCAUGGUGAGUGGCCAUGGCAGAUAACUCUGCACAUCACAUCACCUGCCCAGAGACACCUGUGUGGAGGCUCCAUCAUUGGAAACCAGUGGAUACUAACAGCUGCUCACUGUUUGAUUGGGUUAGAGUCACCUAAAAUCUUGCGUGUCUAUAGUGGCAUUUUAAAUCAAUCAGAAGUUAAAAAGGACACGGCUUUCUUUGGGGUUCAAGAAAUAAUAAUUCAUGAUCAAUAUGAAAUGGCAGAAAGUGGGUAUGAUAUUGCCUUGUUGAAACUGGAAACAGCAAUGAAUUACACAGAUGCUCAGAGACCCAUAUGUCUACCUUCCAAAGGAGAUCGAAGCAUAAUAUAUGCUGAGUGCUGGGUGACUGGAUGGGGGUACAGAAAAUUAGGAGACAAAAUACAAAAUACUCUCCAGAAAGCUAACGUGCCCUUGGUGACAACUGAAGAGUGCCAGACAAGAUACAGAGGGCACAAAAUAACCAAUAAGAUGCUCUGUGCAGGCUACCGAGAAGGAGGGAAGGAUGCUUGUAAGGGAGACUCGGGGGGCCCCCUGUCCUGUAAACACAACGACGUCUGGCACUUGGUGGGCAUCACCAGCUGGGGAGAAGGCUGCGGUCAGAGGGAACGGCCCGGGGUUUACACCAAUGUGGUUGAGUACGUGGACUGGAUUUUGGAGAAAACUCAAGCGGUGUGAAAGAGUCCCCGGAUGUCAUGUGACCCCUGAAAGGCAAACCAGAGGCUUCCCGGGAGGAGGGUUUUGAUUUGACUGAAGGAGACAGACACCGAGCCGCCAUGUUCCUCCGCGGGAUCCAGGGUCAAGACAGUAAGGCGUGGAGGGGCCUUGGUAUUUGUGAGCCACACGUCAGAAGACACAAGCUGUCAUUUCCGCAAUUCCCAUUGUAUGCUAAUCAUAGUUUGUUUUCAGCA